GAUUGAUAAAAUUCAUUCUAUCACAUUGAUUAAAGUUAUAAAUCUCUUCCAGUUUUUUCUUUAAAAAAAUUUUUUACAAAGUUUUUGUUUUUUUUAAAAAAAAAAAUGACCAAAGGUACACUUACUGUUAUUGUAGUUUCAGCAAAAGGUUUGAAGAAUGCUGAUGAUGUUGGAAAAAGUGAUCCUUACGUUAGACUUUGGGUUGACGAUGUUGAUUCUCAAAGAACAACUACUAAAGUUGGUACUUUAGAUCCAAUUUGGAAUGAAACUUUUAAAUUUCCAAUCACUCAUCAAAAUAAACUUCAUUUUAAAAUAUGGGACUCUGAUGCUCCUGAAAAAGAAGGAAAAGAUGAUAAGUUGGCAUCAGGAAGUAUCGAUCUUAAAAAUGUGUUUGAAAAAGGUAGUGAAGAAAAGACACAUGAAUUAACACAUAAUCUUGGUUUCUCUAAAGAUGGUGUAAUCACUUUUAAACUAACUUUUGCACCUUCUGCAUAAUUAUGUAUUUAAAAUGGAUUAAUUAUUUAAUUUGUAAACAUUCUUUGUUAUUAUUAUUUUGAUGUGUUUAAAAUUAAAAGGGUUUUAUUUUUAAAAAUAAAAUAUCUUUAUAUUACGUCAAUAUAUUG